GGGAACACAUCCGGGAACGGAGUUUGCCAGUCGAGCAUGGGGAACGAGAGCGAUUUUUUCACCCGGAGUGACGGGAACAAACGGCGGAUAACGGAUCAACUACGGUGCCGACAGCCAAUCAGCAAUGGCUUGGCACACCCCGCCCCUCCAGGUUGCUCCAGCUCUGACGCAGGCAGCGCAGCAGACACCCCGGAAACACUCGGCCAGGACCCAGCCGGCAACCAAGAUGGCGACGCCCGUAUUGCGGGCAUGCCGCGUGCCGGCUUUGCAGGCUCCCCCGGGAGUCCUGGCUUUUCGCGCCUAUCGUGCCCGGCCACCCCCGCACCGCCCGCCAAGGCCCUUCACCCCGGACCCUGCGGACCCGCUGACCCCGCGCUGGCAGCUGCAGCCCCGCUUUGCCGCUAAGCAGUUCGGGCGGUUUGGGGCCGCCUCUGGGGUGGCCCCAGGCUCACUGUGGCCCACGGUCCCGCAGCUCCGGGAGCUGGAGGCCGAGGAACGCGAGUGGCAGCCGAGCCUGCAAGCCAUGCAGGAGGCGCUGCGGGCCCGAGCAGAGGCCCAGGAACGAGAGCGCCGGGAGAGGGAGCAGCUUAUUGAGGCCAAAAUGGCCCAGAUGCCACAAAUGAUUGCGGCCUGGCGACAACAACAACAAGAACGCUGGGAGAAGGCUCAGGCUGAGAAGGCCCGGCGGGCAAGGCUGCAAGCAGAAGCACAGGAAAAGCUCGGCUACGACGUGGACCCUCGAAGCUCCCGAUUCCAGGAGCUGCUGCAAGAGCUGGAGAAGCAGGACCGGAAGCGUCUCAAGCAGCAGAAGAAGCAGCAGAAGGAGGCGGCAAGGAUGGCAGCCCUGCAGGCCUCUGCCGAGGCCACCAAGAGCCCUUAAGGGGCAGGGGGCCCAGGCAGAAAACCUUUCCAAUAAAGCUUAGUGCCCCGCA